CUCAAACCUGCUGUACGCAAGUGAUCACUCCGCUCCCGCGAUACAGAGUCACAACGAUGGAAAUGCCCGUUUAGUGUCGUUUUAAAGAGAAGAGAAGUGUUUCUUCUGACCUGACUUUGGAUUUGUUUUCUUUCUGGAGUUAUUCAAAAGUGGAGGACGCGCAAAAUGAAGUACAAAAAUCUUAUGGCUAAGGCGUUGUAUGACAACGUCCCGGAAUCCCCAGAAGAGCUGGCAUUCCGGAAGGGUGACAUCCUAACCGUCAUCGAGCAGAAUACGGGCGGCCUGGAAGGAUGGUGGCUCUGCUCGCUCCACGGUCGCCAGGGUAUUGCCCCCGGCAAUCGCCUCAAACUGCUUAUCGGACCCAUGUUUGAUGGACAGACGUCUGCCCCGCCCUCCCCCUCCCCUCCACAAGGUCACAGCCUUCAACAGAGACCGCUCACCCCUCAGGGUGUGUACCAAGUGCCCCCUUCCCACCAGAGCCCUCAAGGACAGGGCAUCUACCAGAUCCCUCCUUCAAACAACGAGUAUCAGGUGCCACAGAGAAGUGCUCUAGCUGUGGAUGGAACUCCUUGCAAGGUGGUGACCCCAAUACGUGUGGGACAAAUGUACGCCUACAGUCCUGCUUCAGAUUCAUCUCAUGACCUCUAUGACGUCCCUCCAAUUCGUCCGCAGGGAGUGUACGAUAUUCCGGCAAGCAAAGAGACAGGACAGCACAGCACUCCAAGAUCCCAAGGCCUCUACGACAUGCCCCCGUCCCAAGACCUGCGAUCAAAAGGAAUCUAUGAUAUACCACUAUUGGCACAAGGGGUGUACUCCAUGUCUCCACGGAGCAACACUGCACAAGAUGAAGGGAAUUAUGACUUUCCACAGCCUUCGAAGCACAAGCAAGAGGGAAUAUACGAUGUUCCACCAACAUCUCUCUCUAAAGCUUCCCCAUGCUCCAACUACAACUUCCCACACAACUCCGAGCCUGUCUCGCGAAUGGGCAUGAUCAACAACAGCAAUGGCAUCUACGACAUUCCUGCAAGUCAGCUCGCCACGGGGGGAUCACAGGACUUGUAUGAUAUCCCACGUGGAAUACCACAGUCUUACAGCAGACUCGCUUCUGCUGAGAGGGAUAGGAAUAAGUGCGUCUACGAUGUUCCUCCGACAGAUGAUCGGUUGCUUGGCGAUGUGACCGAAGGCGUCAAACAUUUGUCGUUUUCCAGUACGGAAAGUACUCGCAGCAGCAUGUCCACUUCCUCUUCUUUGGCCAGUUCACCUGCAGAGGGUCGUCUGGCUUUGGAUUUAGACUCGGCUGUACAAAGGUUAGGUCACCUCCAACAAGGUCUGGAGUCUUCUGUUUGUGCACUGCAAACUCUCGUUGCCUCGCCACACUGGCGAACAUACAGCUUCAUGGAGCGACAUGCUAAUGAUGUUCGUGUUUCAUUGGACCGUGUCAAGGGUACACUUGCAGAGUUUCUCAUAUUUGGGCGCGGAGCGGCGGCGAACGCCACUGCGCUGUCUGAUCCAGGACUGCAUUCCAAGUUGCGACGUCAGUUGCAGCGUCUGGAAGAUUCGCAGCAGAUUCUUCAACAAACACACCAGAUUCUAGAAAACAAUAGCUGGGCGCUGAAUAUCCUGGCAACUGGCGCCAAGCAUCAGAGCAAGAGUGACGAACAAGAACGUUUCGUAAUGGUGUCGCGAACGGUGCCUGACGAUGCUAAGCAGCUGGCGUCAACAAUAGGGGGCAGUGCAGAGCUGCUUUUCCGAAGAGCACCAAUAGAGGGCAUUGUUCACCCCUUCACCUGCAUUCCUACAGAGGAGGACAGUUACAGUGGCCAGACCAAACCUUUCCCUGUACCAUGUGACAAGGCAAACAUGAACAGCGAGAAAUGCGUUAAAAGUUGGAUGGAAGAUUAUGACUAUGUUCAUCUGCAGGGAAAAGAUGAAUUCGAGAGACAACAAAAGGAACUUUUGGAGAAGGAGAACAUCAUCAAACAGAGCAAAGUACAACUUGGCCAAGAACAGCUGAACCAGUUCAAACAGCUUGAACAGGAAGUGAUCAAACCAGUAGAAAACGACAUCACCAAGUGGAUCACCCACCAACAUUCAACAGGCUCCUCCUCCUCUCCAGACUCCUCCUCCAAUUUCUCUGCAGGAGGUGGAGCUCCAUUGUGUUUGCGCGAUCGUCAGCUGUUGGGCUUCUACGCCGACCAAUGCGAGCAGAACUUUGUGACUCUUCUAAAUGCAGUGGAUGCUUUUUUUGGCUGCGUAAAAGCCGGACAACCUCCACGAAUCUUCGUUGCACAUGGCAAAUUUGUCAUUCUCAGCGCCCACAAGCUUGUAUUUAUUGGGGACACUUUGUCGAGACAGGCUUUGACGCCAGAAGUGGCGAAUCGCAUCAUGAACUUAAGCAAUAUGCUGUGUGAGAUGCUAAAGACAGUCGUGGGCUCCACCAAGAUGGCCGCCCUUCACUACCCCAACACGGCCGCGGUGCAGGAUAUGGUAGAUCGUGUGACGGACCUCUCGCACUUAGCGCAACAAUUUAAAGUGCAGCUCUCACAAAUGGCUGGAUUGUGAUGUCAUCAUGACGUCACCAACAUUCCAAUAAAGACUAUCUUGUAACGUGCAUAAUUAAAUAUGCCCUCGUGUACAGUUGACGCAUCACGGAAGGUUUCCUUUGUAAAUAGUCGUCCUCUCUUCUUCUCUGUAAAUAUUUGGCUCUGUUUUGUGUAGAUUUGUUUUAUUUUAUAAUAUUAUUAAUUGUAUGAAUAGAAAUUAUUUUGAGACUUGCAUUUGUAGAUUGAAAAGUUAACAUUGCUGAUUUUUUGUGUAUUAGUCACCUUAUAAGUUGUCAUUAAUUGCUAAUUAUUGCUUAGUGUUGAAUUCCAGAACCUACUAAAUGAAAGUAGUUGUUGUUUUUGUACAUGUACUGUAUUGUGAGACACAUAUCUGCCGAGAGUACAGUAUGAACCAAGUAAAAGAUUUUGGUCUUUGCUAGAUAAAUUGUGUUUCACUUGUUUUUGUAUAAACAUCUUGGGUGAAUCUCUCAAAAAUCAUAUUGCAAACCUCACAUUACAACUCGUAUAAUAAAACCAUGCUCACAACACUCAUAUUUCACCCCAAAAAUCUAAAUAAAGAAAUAAGAAAAUAAAUUGUAUUAGAAUUUUUGCAUUGUGAAAAUA